AACCGGGAAUGCAGGAUGGCGGCGAUGAAGAAGGAAGGGGAUGCUCUCAGUGAAGCCAUGUCCCUGGAGGGAGAUGAAUGGGAGCUGAGUAAAGAAAAUGUACAACCCUUAAGGCAGGGACGGAUCAUGUCUACACUUCAGGGAGCAUUAGCACAGCAAGAAUCUGCCUGUAACACUACUCUUCAGCAGCAGAAACGGGCAUUUGAAUGUGAAAUUCGAUUUUACACUGGAAAUGACCCUCUGGAUGUUUGGGAUAGGUAUAUUAACUGGACAGAGCAGAACUAUCCUCAAGGGGGAAAGGAGAGUAACAUGUCAACUUUAUUAGAAAGAGCUGUAGAAGCACUACAAGGAGAAAAACAAUAUUAUAGUGAUCCUCGGUUUCUCAAUCUCUGGCUUAAAUUGGGGCAUUUAUGCAAUGAGCCUUUGGAUAUGUACAGUUAUUUACACAACCAAGGGAUUGGAGUUUCACUUGCUCAGUUCUACAUCUCAUGGGCUGAAGAAUACGAAGCUAGAGAAAACUUUAAGAAAGCAGAUAUGAUAUUUCAGGAAGGUGUUCAACGAAAGGCUGAACCACAAGAAAGACUGCAGUCCCAGCACAGACAAUUCCAAGCUCGAGUGUCUCGACAAACUCUAUUGGCACUUGAGAAAGAAGAAGACGAAGAAGUUUUUGGAUCUUCUGUACCACAACGAAGCACACUAGCUGAACUAAAGAGCAAAGGGAAAAAGACAGCAAGAGCUCCGGUCAGCCGUGUGGGAGGUGCUCUCAAGGCUCCAAGCCAGAACAGAGGACUCCAAAAUCCAGUUUCUCAACAGAUGCGAAGUAAUUGUAGAAUUACUGUUUUUGAUGAAAAUACUGAUAUGGCUUCUAGAGCAGAGUCGUCUAAGCCUACAGUCCAGCCAUGGGUAGCACCUCCUGUGCCCAGGGCCAAAGAGAAUGAACUGCAAGCAGGCCCUUGGAACACAGGCAGGCCCUUGGAAUACAGGCCUUAUGGCAAUACGGCUGUGACAGCUGUACCCCCUAUGCUUCCCAGUUUUACUCCAUAUGUGGAAGAGACUGCACAUCAGCCAGUCAUGACACCAUGUAAAAUUGAACCUAGUAUAAACCACAUUCUAAGUACCAGAAAGCCUGGAAAGGAAGAAGGAGAUCCCCUGCAAAGGGUUCAGAGCCAUCAGCAAGAGUCUGAGGAGAAGACAGAGAAGAUGAUGUAUUGUAAGGAGAAGAUUUACGCAGGAGUUGGGGAGUUCUCCUUUGAAGAAAUCCGGGCUGAAGUUUUCCGGAAGAAAUUAAAAGAGCGAAGGGAAGCCGAGCUGUUGACCAGUGCAGAGAAGAGAGCAGAAAUGCAGAAACAGAUUGAAGAGAUGGAGAAGAAGCUAAAAGAAAUCCAGACUACUCAGCAAGAAAGAGCAGGUGAUCAGCAAGAAGAGAAGGUGCCCAGAAAGGAGACAGCUGAGCUGCAAAUCGCUUCCAGGUCUCAAGAAAUACCAGGAAUGACUCUAUCCAGUUCUGUUUGUCCAGUAAACUCUUGUGCCAGAGAAACUUCACUUGCAGAAAACAUUUGGCAGGAACAACCUCAUUCUAAAGGUCCCAGUAUACCUUUCUCCAUUUUUGAUGAGUUUCUUCCUAAAGAAAAAAAGAAUAAAAGUCCUCCUGCAGAUCCCCCACAGGUUUUAGCCCAACGAAGACCCCUUGCAAUUCUCAAAACUUCAGAAAGCAUCACCUCAAAUGAAGAUGUGUCUCCAGAUGUUUGUGAUGAAUUUACAGGAAUUGAGCCCUUGAGUGAGGAUGCCAUUAUCACAGAUUUCAGGAAUGUAACUAUUUGUCCUAACCCGGAAGACACCUGUGACUUCGCUAGAGCAGCUCGUUUUGUAUCCACGCCUUUUCAUGAGAUAAUGUCCUUGAAGGAUCUCCCUUCAGAUCCUGAGAGACUGUUGCAGGAAGAGGAUCUAGAUGUAAAGACCUCUGAGGACCAGCAGACUGCUUGUGGCUCUAUCUACAGUCAAACUCUUAGCAUCAAGAAACUGAGCCCCAUUAUUGAAGAUAGUCGUGAAGCCACUCACUCCUCUGGCUUCUCUGGAUCUUCUGCCUCGGUUAUAAGCACCUCCUCCAUCAAAUGUCUUCAAAUACCUGAGAAACUGGAGCUUACUAAUGAGACUGCAGAAAACCCUAUUCAGUCACCCUGGUGUUCACAGUAUCGCAGACAACUACUAAAGUCCCUACUGGAAUUAAGUGCCUCUGCAGAGUUUUCUGUAGAAGACAGACCGAUGCCUAAACUGGAAUUAGAAAAGGAAAUUGAAUUAGGUAAUGAGGAUUAUUGCAUUAAACAAGAAUAUCUAAUAUGUGAAGAUUACAAGUUAUUCUGGGUGGCACCAAGAAACUCUGCGGAAUUAACCAUAAUAAAGGUAUCUUCUCAACCUGUCCCAUGGGACUUCUAUAUCAAUCUCAAGUUAAAGGAACGUUUAAAUGAGGAGUAUGAUCAUUUGUGUAGCUGUUACCAAUACCAAGAUGGCUGUAUUAUUUGGCACCAAUAUAUAAACUGCUUCACCCUUCAGGAUCUUCUCCAACACAGUGAAUUUAUUACCCAUGAAAUAAAAGUGUUGAUUAUAUAUAACCUUUUGACAAUAGUGGAGAAGCUACACAAAGCAGAAAUAGUCCAUGGCGACUUGAGUCCGAGGAGUCUGAUUCUCAGAAAUAGAAUCCACGAUCCCUAUGAUUAUAAUAAGAACAAUCAAGCUUUGGAGAUAGUGGACUUUUCCUACAGUGUUGACCUUAGGGUGCAGCUAGAUGUUCUUACCCUCAGCGGCUUUCGGACUAUACAGAUCCUGGAAGGACAAAAGAUCCUGGCUAACUGUUCUUCUCCCUACCAGGUAGACCUGUUUGGUAUAGCAGAUUUAGCACAUUUACUAUUAUUCAAGGAACACCUACAGGUCUUCUGGGAUGGGUCCCUCUGGAAACUUAGCCAAAAUAUUUCUGAGCUAAAAGAUGGUGAAUUGUGGAAUAAAUUCUUUGUGCGGAUUCUGAAUGCCAGUCAUGAGUCCACAGUGUCUGUUCUGAGGGAACUUGCAGCAGAAAUGAAUGGGGUUUUUGACACCACAUUCCAAAGUCACCUGAACAAAGCCUUAUGGAAGGUAGGGAAGUUAACUAGCCCUGGGGCUUUGCUCUUUCAGUAA